GGCGGGCGGGGCGCUCCGGGAGCGGCGGCGGCGGAACCCGGAAGCGGCGGCGGGUUCCGGUCGGUCCCGGCCGGUCCCGAUCCCCACAGCCGCUCCCGCCGGCGCAUCCCCACUCCGCCGGCUCCUGGCAGCCGCUCUCCUACGGUCCGUGUCCCGGCGGAUUCCGUUCCCAGCGGGCCCCGGGCAUGGCGGGCCGCGGAAAGCUGAUCGCGGUGAUGGGCGACGAGGACACGGUGACCGGGUUUCUGCUGGGCGGCAUCGGGGAGCUGGACAAGCACCGGCGGCCCAACUUCCUGGUGGUGGAGAAGGAAACAAGCCUGGCGGAGAUCGAGGAGACGUUCCGGGGUUUCCUGGCGCGGGAGGACGUGGGCAUGAUCCUGAUCUCGCAGGCGCUGGCGGAGCAGAUCCGGCCGGCGGUCGCAGCCCAUGCCCGGGCGCUGCCCGCAGUGCUCGAGAUCCCCUCCAAGGACCACCCCUACGACCCGGCCCGGGACUCGGUGCUGCGCCGCGCCCGGGGGCUCUUCGCACCCGAUGAGCUGCGAUAGAGCCCCCCGGGAGCCCCAGCCCCUCCCCAUACCCCCCCAAAUCCCCCUCUAAGCUCCCCCAAACAGUUCCCCCAGUACCCCCCGUGUGUGCAAGCCCCCGUGGCACGCCCAAGCUGUCCCCUGCAGCCGUGGCCUCUUUGCACCCAGCAACGGGUGACUGGCACCCCCAGACUGUCCCCAGUACCUUUCCAGCACCCCCAAAAGGUCCUUCACCACUCCCCCAGCUUCUUCACUCUCCACGACCUGUGGUAGCCCUCCCUGGUAGCCCAAAACAGCCCCUGGCACCAUCUGGGGUCACAAGCCAGCCCUGGGGGUCUCCAUCCCAGGGAAGCCCACCCAGGGGCCCCCAGCCCACCUCGGGCAGUUGUACCCCAUGCCUGGGGGUCCCCAGCCCAUCCCAGGGUGCUUCUGGGGGGUCCCUGGGGUUCCCAGGGUGCCCUUCGGAUGCUGGGGGGCUGUGGUUGCCCGGUGGGUCUGAGGGUGACACGGGGAACCUGGCAUGUCUCUGAGGGUGCCUGGGGCUGCCACAGGGGCCCUGAGGGUGACCCGUGACGAUGUCUCAGCCAUGUCCCGUGAUGGGGAAGUGCCACCACCAUAUCCUGCUGAAUCCUGCCAGGUCCUGCCUGUAGGAAGGGAGGGACGCCGUGGGGGAGGAAAGGAACACCCCAAGGACACUGGGAGUUGUCACUGUGACCUUGUCACCGUUCCCCCAGCUCCUCCCCAGCCUCCUCAGCCCCAGCAGAACCUGGGGGGAAGGUUAUUUAUUGUCCUCCCCCAAUGCCCAAAUGUCAUUUGUGUCCCCCGUGUGUCUCCCUGACAGUGUCCCCAACAUGUGCUGACGCCACUCA